GAUAUUUGGGAUGGGCAGCUGGAAAAGGCCACUCUGAGUGAGAGUAGGGCAGAGACCUUGCUGGCUAGAGGGAAGCGAGUCCUGUGAAUUUCUGGGCUUCCUUUCUCAGCCUCCUGGCAAGUGUGAUUUCCAGGCAAUGAAUAUUCCUCCCCGAUAAAACAAAAGGAUGCUGGUUGGGGGCCUUGCUCUCCAUCCUGCAUAAGUUCACCCUUGACAAUAACAAUGUCUUUCAGACCCGACUAAGGUCUGUUACAUUCAGAUUGAACUUUAGUAGGAAGUUUUUAACUGUCUCCAAACCGGCUUCAUCACUGAAAACACUUAAAAUAGGGAAUAAGGCGGACAGUAACUGUUGAAAAUGUAACAAGCAGUAUUUACCAGUAACUGCAUGAGAAGAAGCACACUUAGAAUGGCAGACAUUUAAUACUGGUAAGUGUUGCUAUGGCUUGCAGUUGGGAGGGUUCUGAGGCCUUGGCUAAGGUGUAGCUCUCCAUUAAAAGCUUUCAAAAAGGAUCCACCUGGCAAAAAGCAUUGGCCUGUUGAUACUCUCUGCAUUAUAAUGAUAUGAUAGUUUGGGGUUUGAUUUAAGUCAGUAAUGGACUGCACACUGUCAGCUGAUGACUUCCGUGAGAAAGUCCAAACAGAAAUGAAAUAGGAAAAAGGAAAUCUGACCUAGGUAUUCACAACUCAUUUCACAGCUCCACAGAGGAAAGUGGUCAUCUUUGAAGUCCACCCCUACCCUCUCACCAAUCUCCAUACAACCUGAAGGCAGAGGAGAUCUACAUUAGAACUGUUUGGGAACCAUCUUCACAACUUGUGUUCUAGAUUUACCAACAUAGAGUAUAUUUCAAUAACAGAUCCUGUUGCAGUGUUUCCAAGCUAGUCUACUAGCAGAGCCAUUACAUUUUUGGGGGGCCUCUGCCACUUUAAAAAAGUAACUUAAAAAAAGCAGCUUUCUCAGCUGCCUUGCUUUGCAGCAGAGAUAACAGAAAUUGGCCACAGAGUUAUUCACUUGACUGCUCUAUUUAUAGCAACUUGUUUGUGUAUUUUUAAAUCACAGUUACAAUGGGCUAUUGUUCAGUUGUAUACUGUAGAAACAUAUAUGUUGCAAAUUACUUCCAAGGAAUCCUGAUGGUCUAAGGAUUUUUUUUUUCUAAUAUAACCUGAAAAAGAGAUAGGAUACCCAAGGAACUGGUGACCAUUUUAAGUUGCAUUUUAUAAACUGAUAAAGCUCUUAAAUAUUGCAUCUUUUUCUCUCUCUUCUUUUGGCAUAUUGCCUUGUGAUAAGGAGGCUAUUGUAGAAAUUAAAGUUUGUAGUUUUGAAGUGACUCAGUCUUUUGCUGCAGAUUGUAGUUUCUUCCUGGGCUUGCCUUGAGGUCCUGUUUUUGCUUCUAUUCCCCCUAUCGGUAGGCAACUAAUGCCAAGCUUCACUUUUCCUUAGUGUACAUAGAAAUAUUAACAGCUCAGAAACAAGAUUAGCCAUGAGUAUCAGCAUAGUCCUUGUGUUUGAAUAAUUAUAUUCACUUAACAACUCUUAUUCAUGUACUUGAUUGAGUGCAUCCCGUGACCUGGUUCCUUUUCUUUGGAUGUUAUUUACUGAUAAAAAUAAAUCUGCGCUAAAAGCAGGAGGAACCUCUCCGAAAUGCAAGGCAAGUCCUAAGAGGAGAAUUCAUAUGUUAAUGAGCCCUUCCAAGUGAGAACUUGGUUAAACGUGCCAUUUGCUGACAUCAUUGUUAUGGGCAGAGAGGAGAUGAUUUCUCUAAGAGGUGUCCUUGCAUAUGCUCCCAGCGUUUUCUGGCCCGCGCGUGCACCUGCGGGAGGGGGAAGUUUACAUAAGCGUCCUGGGGUAUUUGCAUCUCGGCUUUAACACUCACUAGGGCUCCCGGGAAUGGAGCGGGCGGACCGAGGUAGGAGCUCGAGCCACGAGGCUGGCCAAGUGGGUGGGUAACUCUUCGAGGAAUCGUUCGUGCGCGGGACCUUGUGGAGACCUGCCAGGCGCACGGUCAGCAGUGACAGUUCCUGGAAAGCGGGUGGCAGCGGGAUCUGGCCGGUAAGAGAAAUGUGUCGAUGUUUAGAAAGCCUCCCCUCAGUUGAGACAUGAAUGAAAUGCACCUGCGUGAAAUGAUGUCUUGUGUAAAAGCAGCCACGGUCUGAUGUCCUGUGACUGAGAAGCCAGCUGUUGACUCUGUUAUGAUGCCUUUGGAGAUGGAGCCCAAAAUGAGCAAACUUGCCUUUGGAUGCCAGCGGAGCUCCACAUCAGAUGAUGACUCGGGCUGCGCGCUGGAGGAGUACGCCUGGGUGCCCCCAGGCCUCAGACCCGAGCAGAUCCAGCUCUAUUUUGCUUGCUUACCAGAGGAAAAGGUUCCUUAUGUUAACAGCCCUGGAGAGAAGCACCGAAUUAAACAGCUUUUGUACCAGUUGCCACCACAUGAUAAUGAGGUGCGGUACUGCCAGACUUUGAGUGAGGAGGAGAAAAAAGAACUGCAAGUGUUCAGUGCGCAGCGGAAGAAAGAAGCACUAGGAAGAGGAACAAUUAAACUUCUGUCCAGAGCAGUAAUGCAUGCCGUGUGCGAGCAGUGUGGGCUGAAGAUAAACGGAGGUGAAAUUGCAGUGUUUGCCUCGCGAGCGGGCCCGGGAGUGUGCUGGCACCCAUCCUGUUUUGUCUGCUUCACGUGCAGUGAGCUGCUGGUCGACCUCAUCUAUUUUUAUCAGGAUGGAAAAAUUCACUGUGGCCGGCACCAUGCUGAGCUGCUCAAACCCCGGUGUUCAGCAUGUGACGAGAUAAUUUUUGCUGACGAGUGCACAGAAGCUGAGGGUCGGCAUUGGCACAUGAAACACUUCUGCUGCCUGGAGUGCGAGACGGUCCUGGGGGGACAGAGGUACAUCAUGAAGGACGGCCGCCCAUUCUGCUGCGGCUGCUUCGAGUCCCUGUAUGCAGAGUACUGCGAGACGUGCGGGGAGCACAUCGGUGUGGACCACGCGCAGAUGACCUAUGAUGGGCAGCACUGGCAUGCCACAGAGGCCUGCUUUUCCUGUGCCCAGUGUAAAACCUCUCUGUUGGGAUGCCCCUUCCUCCCCAAACAAGGCCAGAUUUAUUGCUCUAAGACAUGCAGCCUCGGUGAAGACGUGCAUGCCUCCGAUUCUUCCGACUCUGCGUUCCAGUCGGCUCGGUCAAGAGACUCCAGGAGAAGUGUCCGGAUGGGCAAGAGCAGCCGGUCAGCAGACCAGUGUCGUCAGUCACUCCUUCUGUCCCCUGCUCUGAACUACAAGUUUCCUGGCCUGUCAGGCAAUGCUGACGACACCCUAUCUCGGAAGCUGGACGAUCUGAGCCUUUCCAGGCAAGGAGCAAGUUUUGUCAAUGAAGAAUUUUGGAAAGGCAGAGUAGAGCACGAAACCCCAGAAGACCCUGAAGAAUGGGCAGAGCAUGAAGAUUAUAUGACACAGCUCCUCCUCAAGUUUGGUGAUAAAAGUCUCUUUCAGCAGCAGCCCAGUGAGAUGGACAUUCGAGCCAGUGAGCAUUGGAUAGCUGAUAACAUGGUUAAAAAUAAGACUGAGUUAAAGCAAAACAACCAGAGCCUUGCAAGUAAAAAAUACCAAUCUGAUAUGUAUUGGGCACAGUCACAAGAUGGACUGGGAGAUUCUGCUUAUGGCAGCCACCCAGGCCCUGCGAGCAGUCGAAGACUCCAGGAAUUGGAUCUGGACCAUGGGGCUUCAGGAUACAAUCACGAUCAGACACAGUGGUAUGAAGAUUCCCUGGAGUGCUUGUCGGACCUGAAACCAGAGCAAAGUGUUCGGGAUUCUAUGGAUUCUUUGGCUUUGUCUAAUAUCACAGGGGCGUCAGUGGAUGGAGAAAGCAAGCCGAGGCCAUCAUUGUAUUCUCUGCAAAACUUUGAGGAAAUAGAGACAGAAGACUGUGAGAAAAUGAGCAAUAUGGGGACUUUGAACUCUUCCAUGCUGCACAGGAGCACAGAGUCCUUGAAGAGCCUCAGUUCAGAGUUGUGUCCAGAAAAAAUCCUGCCCGAGGAGAAACCACUUCACCUGCCAGUGCUCCGAAGGUCCAAGUCUCAGUCCAGGCCACAGCAGGUCAAGUUUUCAGAUGAUGUCAUUGACAAUGGAAGCUACGAGAACAUCGAAAUCCGGCAGCCGCCAAUGAGUGAGAGAACUCGGAGACGGGUGUACCAUUUUGAAGAGAGGGGACCCAGGUCCCAUCACCAUCGCCGCAGGAGAAGUAGGAAGUCCCGCUCAGACAAUGCCCUGAACCUUGUCACAGAAAGAAAGUACUCUCCCAAGGACAGGCUGCGGCUCUACACCCCCGAUAACUACGAAAAGUUUAUCCAGAACAAGAGUGCCCGGGAAAUCCAGGCCUACAUCCAGAAUGCUGACCUCUAUGGGCAGUACACCCACGCCGCUUCUGACUACGCCCUGCAGAACCCGGGGGGGCCGCGCUUUCUAGGCCUCUAUGGGGAGGACGAUGGCUCCUGGUGCUCCUCCUCCACCUCCUCCUCCUCUGACUCAGAAGAAGAAGGGUAUUUUCUUGGACAGCCAAUUCCUCAGCCCCGGCCGCAGAGAUACGCCUACUACACAGACGACCUUUCUAGUCCAACUUCUGCACUCCCCACGCCUCAGUUUGGUCAGAGGACAACUAAAUCCAAGAAGAAAAAGGGACACAAGGGCAAAAACUGUAUUAUUUCUUAAUGUAGUAGCUGCGGAGAUUGUAUUUAAACUUAGCCAUUAACCACCUUAAAUCAUAUCUUUUUUCUUCCAUAGGAAAGUUGCUAAAAUAGAUUCAAGUGCUUUGCCCAUGUAAAUGAGACCCCGACUGCUGUUUACAGUGUCAGAUUAACCUUUGGAAGGUGUGAUUUCUCCACUUAACCCUCCUUGGAUGGUGCCAGGUAGACAUGACCUUGUGUGUCUGUUGGGUGCAUCACAAUUUGACACAGCUGCUUUGGUCUCCAAACCUCGAGAGAUCCGCGAGAAGCUGUUGAGAGGUGACUGGAUGGGGGUGUUGAUUUUUAGACAAUGGAGAACUUGAGCCACCUUUGUCAAGCAGUAGUGUUUGUCGUUUGUCUGCACCAGGUUGACCCAGGUCCUGACAGUCUGUCCAGUCGUGUGGCAUGCACGUAGUCAUGUGACCCAGCCAACACUGUGCGUCCCACUGUGCAAGGCCACCUCAUCCCCUUCCAGCCCUUAUUAGCCAGGUAAACAUUAUAUUAGCUCCAGCUACAGAUCGAAAAGAACAUUGCUAUUUAUAAUGUAGUAUUUCAUAGACUUAAGUGUAUUCCUAAUUUAACGGUGCAAAUAUUAAUGUACAUACUGUACAGUUCAGAUUUUAAAGCUGAUAUUUUUAUAUCCCUGAAAUGUAAGAUGUUUGUUACACUGCAGUGCUAGAUUUGUUAGGGAACCAGAAACAGCAUUUAUGGAUGAAAUGAUUGCUUGUAUCUUAGUCAGGGUUUAUAAGUUUAGAUGGUCAAAUGUAUAUUGCCUAGUGAUGCAAAGUUCUUUUUUUUUUUUUUUCAAUUUUUCAACAUUAAAAAGGCUCUGUAUGCAUGGUGGGGCUAUGUAAAUACUCUUUAAAACUAUGGCCCUAUUAAUCUUACAAGUGUUAUUUAUGGGUCAAGCAAUGUAAACUGUAUAAAUGUAAAAACAAACAAAAAUAAUCUCCCCACACAUACCCCUGGAAUAUAUAUAUGGUUAAAAACAAGGAGAAGCUGUUUGGGUGAAUAUUUUUUUCCCCUUGGGGAUGGCAGGGGGUGCCUUACCCGUUUUCAGCAAGGUAGUGAUUAUCUCAAGGAAAAAGACCAACAAACUACAAGGAUCUGCUCUCUGUGGCAGAGUGCUUUGUAGGUUGAUUCCUUUUCACCCCUCCCUUCCAGCUAAUUUGUUGGCCUUCUGGUUAUGUUUUUCUUUUAAAAUCUUUAAAUUAGAGGAUUCUGUGCUGCUGGCUACUUAAAGUUAAUCUGGGGUUCUGUUUCAAGGGGGAAUUACAUUGGAUUUGAACUGACAAGCUAGUACUUCGAUAUGGGUCAUUCUUACCCAUGUAUUUCAGUCCUAACUUAGUGUCCUAGUGGUAUCUCAGACCUUUAGGAAGGUAUUUAAUAAAUGCUUAAUCAAUAACAAA